CAUGCAUACAGUUCUCUCACACCCCAUCACAUCUCACAUUGGCUUUCUAGACUGACAAUUCACUAGGGACAGUUCGAAAAUGGAGGCAGUCAUGGAUGCCAUGCAGGGCUAUGGGGUGAGCACCACUAAUUACCUUCAGACCAACUAUAAGGACGCCCAGGGUUUGUUCCUGUGGGUGUCCUGGGCUGCUGACCUCAGGAACACCUUCUUCAUCUUCUUCCCUCUCUGGUUCCACCUGCGGGAGUCAGUGGGCAUCAAGCUCAUCUGGGUGGCAGUGAUCGGAGACUGGCUCAACCUGGUCUUCAAGUGGAUUCUGUUUGGCGAGAGGCCGUAUUGGUGGGUCCAUGAAACACCUUACUACAGCAAUACCACUGCACCUCACAUUGAACAGUACCCAAUGACCUGUGAAACUGGCCCAGGCAGUCCCUCUGGCCACGCUAUGGGAGCUGCAGGCGUCUACUACACACUGGUUACCUCCAUUCUAGCCAUCAUGCUGACCAAGAAUAAGACGGGAUCUUCCUCCAAGGGCCUGUAUCUACGGGGCACUCUGUGGGCGUUCUUCUGGGCGGUCCAGGUCUGUGUGUGUCUCUCCAGAGUCUUCCUUGCUGCCCACUUCCCCCACCAAGUCAUCUGUGGAGUAAUCACAGGUAUGGUAGUGGCCGAGGCGUUCAACAGAACCCAGUGGAUCUACGGAGCCAGUCUGAAGAAGUACUUCUACACCACCCUCUUUCUGCUCUCCAUCGCUGUGGGCUUCUACGUGCUGCUGAAGGCUCUAGGCGUGGACCUGCUAUGGACCCUGGAGAAAGCCCAGAAGUGGUGUGUGAGAGCCGAGUGGGUCCACAUGGACUCCACUCCCUUCGCCAGCCUCCUGCGUAACAUGGGCACCCUGUUUGGCCUGGGCCUGGGCCUGCACUCGCCCCUCUACACCGAGAUCAAGAACAUCAGCGGCACCACCCUCUUUAGGACGGGAUGUAUCGUCACCUCGCUGCUCCUGCUGCACCUCUUUGACUCCUUCAAGCCCCCCACGCACACUGCCGCUGUCUUCUACCUGCUGUCUUUCUGUAAGAGCGCCACUGUCCCCCUGGCAACCGUCAGCAUCAUCCCCUACUGCGUGUCUGGAGCUCUGAGCAGCGUACAGAGCAAGAAGUAUUUGUGAGGUCGUUGGCGGCCGACAUGCACAUAGUCUCGUGUAUUCGGAUAUGACUCCAGAAUUGAACCGUGCUGUAAUCCUUAAAUCAUUCCAUGCAUUGACUUUCUUCCCAAACUGCCCAAGCGAUCAACAAGCCAUUGUGGUGUUUGUCUACCCUACUUUCAUCCAGUCACCCAUUGUAAAGGUCUUAUUUUCUUAUCUACACACAGUGUGAACAUUAUAAUGAAAGGAUUAUCCAGUGAAUUACUCAGUGGCACUUUAGACACUGUGGUUUGAUUGUAUCAAAACUGAUCAUUUAUAAGUAGUUCAGUGCGAACUCAGGAGUCCAGAAAGUUAAUUUUCCUGUUUUGAAACGAGAUAAAGCCAGGAGAAAAUGAGCCCAAAAGCUCUCUCAGGGACUUUAGUGGCCUGCUUUACAGUGCGUUCUAAGAAUAUGUUAUACAUGAAUAACUUUGUUAAUAUUUGUUUUGUAACUGUAUUUUUCCUGUUUAAUAUAUUUUUAGAAAUUCUGUCAGAUAUUUAUAAUAAAAAUCUUUAAAAUAUA